AAUACACUCUCUAUUUGGAGCAUGAAUGUAACACGGAAUUGUUUGGAGCUGUGGUCCGAAAAAUUAAACUCAGUCAAUUUUAGUCGUUGUGAGCAGCUGAGCAGUGCAGUUUGUUGUUAGUGGAGGAUUGUCUGGCGCAUUGUUUUGCUGUUGACAGAGACAGCAGAAAAACAAGAGGCUGAAAAAUACAACUAUAAAAGUAGACGAUUUUGCGUCGUCGUUUUUUGCUGGAUAUAGCGAAGAAAAUAAACUAAGUCAUUGUCCGUGUGAAGCUCGCGUGAGUGAAAAUAGGAAAAAAGCAUUUCUGAUACUGUGAACAACGAUCGGAGGAAAACUCAUUCGUCGAGAGUGCUUUUCGAAGCCAUUUUUAGAAUUUGUGUUUGACAUAGGCGAGCAAUUUAAGUUGUACAACGAAUUUCGCGCUGUUUUAUAUACGCGCAAACAUUCAGUGGAAAUCACCUUGCCAAAAAGUAGCACACAGAAUGCCUUUUAUUUCGAAGGAUUGGCGAUCUCCUGGCGAGGCAUGGGUGAAAACCGAGGAAGGCUGGGAGAAACUGAAGGUAUUGGAAUGCGUCAAGCGGAAAAGAUGUAUCUCCGAAUGCAGCAGCUCGAGUGACACGGAAAAUGACAACGAAAACUGCGACGUAGAAAUUCCUCCCCACUGUCACAUCACGCUGAAGUGCACCCGCGAAAUUGCGGGCUUCAAUGGUUUGGGCGAAGCCGUACGCCGAUUGGACUUUCGUAGCUCGGUGCGGGAUGGACGACGAUUCAAUUACGUGUGCGCUCUGCUGCGUCUGCUCGUUUCCGGCAAGGGAAUCACAAGUCUUCCCGGUGGAGCCCAACGUUUGCUUUUGCAAAUGCUGGAGGAAGUCGCAACGCAUGUUAGCGCCUCACAGCAGAACUUCAACGUUUUGAGGGGCCUAGUGCAACAGCUACGGUCACUCGUUAAUCAGGAAAAUCAAAAAUGCUGGGGAAAACCACUCGGCAGCCAAAGCCUGUGGGAGGGCCACGUGCAAACUAUUCAGAGAAUCCAGAAUAUCGCUAGUCAGAUACAGAUAAAAGAGCCGGGACCGAAUAUACGCCCAAAGCUACAUGAUCUGCCAGAAGAAUGUGUUCGUGAAAUCGUUUUAAGACUUUCUGACUACAAGGAUCUUGAAGCGUCCUCGUCCGCUUGGUCUCUGAUGGCGGCCUUGAUCUCCGAGCAACGCGUUUGGCGGGAGUUAUCUUACUAUCAUUUCACCAAACAGCAAAUCGAGGUCAUUCUGGACAAAAUGUGUCUCCAGGAUACCAAGGAACGUCACCGGAACUGGCAGGCUAUAUACCACGCCCUUCGGAAAACCUACGGUGUACCUGAGGAAUUGCAGUAUGCUGAGAUAUUAGCCUUCUGUCGUCUCUGUCGUUGUUUGUUUUGGCCUUCGGCAGGGCAUCCGUGCAUUGUAGAUCAAUACCCGGACAUUCGGCAGCGUAUUCGAGAGGCAGGUAAUAGUGAUAGCACCGAAACACAACCGGUGCCGCCAGCGCAAUUUCUAAAAUACUUCUCUCUGUAAUUUGAACAACAUCGUGGAACGAACUUUUAUUAUUAAGGCAGUGAAUUAUAUGCCCAGUUAAUGCAGCUCAUAGUGUGAUCAAUUGCAACGGAUUGAAUAUAUAUCUGUCAUACCACGAUGUAAAGGAAAUAACAGUGGAUUAACACGUGGAAUUGAUGCUCUGCUGAGAAUGUAUCUUCCAAGUCCAGCGUCAUUGAGUACCAGUGACACGGUGAAGAAUUUUAAUUAGAGGAAAAACACGAAUUAUUUAUUACAGAGAUCUUCAAAUUUUUUAUGAGCUAGUGGAAAACCAGAAGAUAUGUAUUCGUAUCAUCAGACUGAAAUACCUUUUUUCUCUUUAGUUAGGAAUUACGUGCAGUGUAAAUCUAUGAGCUAGAACGCAAAUGGAACGCAAAAGUUAGCACACAAAUUGUAUUUCAAGCUGCUUGAUAUUAUCUCGGUAAACUUAAUAGGCUGAAUAUAUUUAGAUCAUUCAUUAUUUUUCGUAAAAAAAAAUCCAUAACUUUACAUAGCUAAUCUAUGGCUGUACCUAAAUUGAUUUAUUUAACGUUGUUUGAAAUUGAAUUCACAAAAGAUUUAUAUUAAACAUUGAACUAUAGUACUUUUUAUUUUGUUUGUUCUUGUCAAUGUUUCUUCGCAACAUUUUUUUGCCUUCAUUUAAGAGACUUAGCCAUAGGCUGGUUCGUCUCUGUCCGCAUGCAACAUUUAGAAUACGGAAUCACUGUUCAUUUUAUAUCUGCAUUUGUGGUACACGUAUCUCAAAUCUUUUGACAGGAAAUUGUUUGGAAAACCGGUAAGUUUUUGGCAUCAGAUGAUAGCUUAGUUUAUUAGCUACUACUUACCAUCAAUUUCAUUCAUUUUUGUUCAACUUUACUGGGCAAUAAAUUCGGUUCAAGGCAACUAUGUGGGGAGAGUAUAUAACCUCACAUAACCUAACAAAAAACAAAACAUUAUAAAAUUCAAAAACAUGUAAACUUUUCUACAGAAUUACUUUGAUAAAAGAACACACAUCGAGAUGUUGGAGAGAAAUCAUUGGAUUAAACCUCCUACAAGAACAAAAAUGUAGGUUUUGGGCAAUGUUUUUGUUUCGGGGUUUUUCGAUUUUUUGUCAUUUUCAGGAAAACGAAACAGAGGAAAAAUAUAAUUCUUGAAGAUUGGAAUUUCUGUAAUCAAAAUAAUAAUAAAUAAAAUAAUAAUAAUAAUAAUCAAAAUAACACCAAUGGCUUUCAUUAAAAAAAUAAUUUUUACAGCUUGGUUGUUAAUGGGUUAAAAAUCCGGCAUAGUCAGGCACUAAAAUCACGAAAUCGCUUAAAGUGUCUAAUUCAGUUCUACCUAACCCGUAUCUAGCUCGCACGUUCUUUUGGUUGACCCAUCUGGUGUUACCUAAGAAAUCAUCACCUUUUUGUCGUAGGGCUUAUUGUUUUCGUAAUGAUGUCAAAUAAAAAAGGGUACGUUUUUAUGAAACAGAAGUAGCAGAUGCAGCGUUCAUUCUGUGGACAAUGUGAAUAGAGAAAAUAUUGCAAUUUAAGCUCCGCCCAUUCUCAAUUUAUUGAAAUAAGUUGUUCGCGAUUCAUCAGCCAUCCAGCUGAAACCAGACGGCAGUGAGGUUUUCCAAAUGGCCUUCUCAAAGUCGAGAGUUUAGUUUAAUUUUCAAAAUUAGCUUUUUCGAGACUAGAAGCAAAUGAACUGAAGAAAAUUUUAAAGCCUCUAUAAUUCAAACUAUGAUCAUCAUUGCUUCCCUUUGUAGGGCCAUGCUGUAAAUAUUAUUUUUAACGAAAGCCAUUGGUGCAAUUUUGAUUAUUGAUUAUUGCGAAGCAUUUUCAAUAAAUCUGGACCAGAGCUACCGGUAACGUAAUUGAGGAGUCUAUAAAAACUCGUAUGGCUGGAGUGAAGCGCAAAGUUCGAGACUUUUAUAUGGGUUUAGAAUGAUGAAGCUUUAAACGUGUAACAUGCAAAAUUCAAGCCAUGUCUAUGAAAUAAAUUGUUACAUUUGAAAUACGAUUGCUGCCCAAAACCAACAUCAAAAUCGUCAUCGGUGAUUUGAAUGCUCAGGUCGACCAAGAGAAGGAGUUCAGAUCAGUUCAGGAGUUCGGUAAUUGGUAGGUUCAGUGCCUCCAAGAACAUGGCCAUACUUAGUAUCUUCUUCCAGCACAGCCUACAAUACCGUUACACCAGGAGAUCACUUCAGCAAACAAUCACAAAUAGAUCACGUUUUGAACGAUGGUCGGCACUUCUCAGAUAUCAUCGACGUCGUGGCGUUUACAUGGACUCAGACCACUACCUACUGAUGGUCAAAUUGCGUUCUAAACUGUCAGUCGUCAAUAACAUAAGACAUCAACGCUCACCACGAUACCGCCUACGACGACUACAGAAGCCGAACGUCGCUGCGACAUAUUCGCAGCAUCUUGAAUCUGCGUUACUGCGUGUAGACAAACUGGAUGCUGCUCCCCCGAUGAAUGCUGGAACAUCUUGAAGGCAGCAAUUAUCAGACAAAACGUGGAACGAUACCAAUUGCAACAAAGGCAGCAAACACAUCUCUUUAGUGAAAAAAAGCGCCACUUGGAAGAGAAAGAGUGUGAGGAGAUGGAGCUACUUAAUCGUUCUCGAGAAUCGCAUUAGUUCUUCAAGGAACUAAACGCCUGACACAAAGGCUUUGUGCCGUGGGCCGAAAUGUGCAGGAACAAGGAAGGAGGCAUAUUGACGAACGGACGCGAGAUGAACGAAAAAUGGAUGCAGAACUACGAUGAACACCUGAUUCAGGCGCACACAGGAGACCUAGACGGCGUUGAAGAGGACUACCCCGGUGCAAUGAAUAACGACGAUGUACCAUCCCCACUCCCGGGUGAAGUUAAGGAGGCCAUUAGAACCAUGAAGAACCACAAAGCAGCUGGUAAGGAUGGCCUCGCAGCGGAGCUCUUCAAGGAAGGUACGGGAAACCGGGUCCAGGUAUAUACACCGGUUGAUAGUUAGGACCUGGGACACAGAACAACUACCGGAGGAGUGGAAGGAUGGGAUAAUCUGCCCAUUUAUAAAAAAAAAGGUGACAAGCUUGAUUGUGGGAACUACCGUGUAAUCACCAUCAUGAAUGGUGCCUAAAAAAUCCUGUCUCAGAUCCUCUUUCGCCGUCUAUCGCCAAUAGUAAACGAAUUUGUGGAAAGUUAUCAGGCCGAAUUCACGCCCGGUUGCUUGACGACCAGAUUUUUACACUACAGCAGCUGCGAAAAUAAGGCUACGCACCACAUCUUCGUAGACUCCAAUGCCGUAUAUAAUACAAUCGACCGACAACAGCUAUGGAGAAUCAUGGACGAACCUCCUCCGAACCUUCCUCGAAAGCAGACAAGUCUUAUCCAGGCAACGAUGAACGGUGUGCGGAUCCCGGGCGAUCUGUCGGAAGUCUUUGAGUCUUUGAGAGUUAAUUGGGCUUGGGGUCAACGCAUCCAAGACUAAAUACGUCUAGCAGAAAUGACUGAUCAUAACAGAAUCCUUCUUGUUAACAGUGCUGUGAUCGACGGUGACGAGCUCGAGGUGGUCGAGGAUUUUUUUGUUGACCUUGGCUCGUUGAUAACAACUGACAACAACAGCCGUGAAAUUCGAAGGCGCAUACUCAGCGGAAGUCGUACCUGCUAUAAGCUCCGCAAAUCCUUAAGGUAAAACAAACUUCGAACCCGUAUGAAGUGUACCAUGAACAAAUCCCUGAUUCGACCGGUUGUAUGGAGUAUGGAGUAUGAAGUAUGGAGAAGCAGGAUGAACCACGAACUAGCUCAACUCUACGGCGACUCCAGCAUCCAUAAAGUCGCCAAGGCUGGACAAGUGCGACGAGCAGGGCAUUUUGCCAGAUUUCCGGACAGCAGUCUUGCAAAGAUGGUGUUUGCAUCAAAUCCGGUACGGAUAAGAAGGAAAGGAGCCCAGCGAGCGAGAAGAUUGGAACAGGUGGAACAGGACUUGGUAAAAAUCAGUGCGGCCGGGAGUUGGAGAACCGCAGCUAUGGAUCGAGUGUGUUUGGAAUUUUCUUUGGAAGCGAUUUUCGAUAUAAUUUUCUACAUCAUUUCUAUAAGGUUAUUGUUGCUUGAAACCGAUUCAAAGGCGAUAACUGUGAGUCAUAUUUAUUAAGUUGAGUUCCCAGUGGAUAUCUCAGAUGAAGAAAACAGUAAGAAAGAAUUCAUUUGUUUCUCAAUUAGACAUUUUCCGCAUCAGCUUACCAUCGGGCAGUGCAGCAUACCCUCGAUCGGGGCAAUUUGGUCGCUUUCGGACGGAUAACAUUCUCACGAGAUAAAUAGCUUGUAUGUGGGGGAUGCCAGAUGAUUUUUUCAAAUAUCUCUGCAUGGCACGAAUAAAUGUCUUCAAAUGUAAUCAUAAUGAACAAAAAUGAGCAAACCAUCACGAUAUUUCUAAAUCAUGUUCGAUAAAUCACCCAACAAUUGUUUUCACAUACUUUGAAAUGACCUCAGUAUGUUUUCACAAAAUUAAGUGUCUUCAAAACGGAAACAUGUCUUCACAUCUGGCAUCUAUAUUAUGUGCUCAGAGAAUGCAGAAAACAAGAGCACGGACUGGAGAAUUAAUGCACGAAUACUGGGAGAACACGCUCACCGGAGAAACGGUUUAUUCUCUUCGCUGGUGGGCAUGAAGAGAAUAGAUUGAUGGAAUCUCUUAUUCAUACAAGCUGUUCCUCUGAGCUUUUCAGUCUCUGAGAGAACCAGCUUCUGGGCAUACUACACUUCUGCUGGGCCAUUUAACACCGUAUGAUUGGAAAUUUAUAAUUUGGGCGCCCUAGAAAAUAAAAUUCUUAGCACUUUUGUUAUUCAGUAUCUAAAAAACAGAACGGUUACCGAUGACUGAGGGUUAACUAAUCUACGUACUGACGUAGUUGUCGCCUUAAUUUCUAAGAGCACGGUCAAGAUAAAUCCAUUCCCGCUUAAGGAGUGCGUAUUACACACUUCUCCAAUAUAAGAACCCGUGGCCGAGUGAUUAGCGUCUCACAUUCUCAUGCCGGGUGUUCAGGUUCGAUUCCCGUUCUGGUCGGGGGAUUUUUCGUCAAAGAAAUUUCCUUCGACUUGCACUGUGGUCACGCGUAUUCUAGAGCUUGCCCCUCGGAAUACAUUCAAGGCGUGUUAUUUGGCUUAAUAAAUCUCAACUUAGUAAUCAUAAAUGACGCUAGUUAAUGCAUACGAUGGGACGGCAAAAGUUCCAAAGGGGAACGUUAACGCCAUUAAAAUAAAACAAUAUCAGAAGAGACGUCGUAUAGAAUUGAUCGAUUAAAGAUAGACAUUAGGAGGCUGCCAAUGAUGAAAGUAUAUGUUCGUAUCGGAUCUCCAACAUUCGGAUCUGAACCAUUCGAGGAGACAGAAAAGAGGGCUUUAGGGUAUUGCCAUGAAUGACUGUGACUGCUGCAUACGAAUAUCAAAACAAGGCAACAAAUUAAACCCGAUCUGCAUUAUUUAUUGUAUAUAUCGGUAUAACCCUCGAUCGGUGCUCACUCUCACUCUCGAAAUGCUCCAUCAUCAUCAAAGUCCUCGUGGACAACAAGAGGUGGGGCAUUUACUAUCCACAUUUGCUCACGAUGGCGGAGGGCAGCUGGAAAUUGUGCUCUAUAUGCCUCCGUGGUAUAAAGAUAGAGCUAAAUAAAUCUGGAUAAUAGGGUUUCGCAUGGAAUAUUAGCUCCAACAAUUAUAUUUAUUUGACGUAGGACUACGUCUAACAGGACUACAGUAAACAUUCGCUAACUGGGGGAAAAGGGAAGACCAGUUAUCAACAUUCGCGUUUUAACUGGUCCGGCAUGUAAAACGUCAAAUAAAAUCGAGGGGAACUUCAAUGAAUUGUUUGAUUCGCGUUGAUCAUGAAAUUGGAUAAACAAAAGUUUUCCAAUUGAAGUUUCGCAUUGAGUGCGACAACAGGUAUGAAAUAUAAUUUGAGAAAAUUAUUUUUCUGUAAUUUAAUCAAUGUUUUUGUCAUGCGAAAAUAAUGUCAGUUUUCAUAACAUCUCAAAUUACAUUCGAAUGCUCUUCAUAGCAAAUCUUGUAUUUGGAUAUGGCGUCGAUUGUUUACGAAAUUCUGCUUUCUAACUGGCCCAAGGUCCAGUUAACGUUCGCCCAGUUAAAAAGCAGACCAGUUAAACUAGGAUCAGUUAGGGAACGAUUACUGUGUAUGGGGAGUAAUACGAAAAUAUAGACACUGAACAUGCAGGAAAAAUGAAAGAUCUCGAAUGCUUAUAACUCGAGCAUUUCUUAAUAGAUCGUAAAGAUGUUUGCUCAAUAGAUAGGAAAUAUGUUUAGCCAUCUAUCAUAAUCAACAACAUUUUAUUUUCCUUGAGAUAAACAAUUGGAUAAUUUUGAAAUUUCCAAUGUCAAGUUUUGAUUGAUUCAAUUUGUGCUCCUUAAAUUGUACCGAAAGGAGCGAACAGAGUAACAGCGGAAUAUAAUUUGAAUGCUAGCGAAACAUUGCAUCGUAAGCCCCUCCACUUAUGAUUCAACCGCCAGUCAAAUCGUAUAAAAUUCGCAGUUGCUUUCCGAAAAGAUAAUUCAUUUUCUAACCGCGAAGCAGAGCUCAUACGCUAAGGCCAACGUUCCGGCAUAACCGCGAAUCUCAUCAUCUGCAGCGGGUAGCAGUAGCAGCGACCAACGAGUUUUAAUUUUCCAUCCAACGGACGUCAUCCAUCGCUUUCGUGUAAUCGGUCCAGAACUGAAGUGAUGAUAUUGAUGCAAAAUAGCUUGUGGCUGCAUUCAGUCUGUCUAGAAGAGUGCAUUGGUUAAAUAAGAACGCAAAUUUCGACAUCGGGAGAACAAGAAUGCGUCCAUUGGCGCUUCCCCAAGCCAGAUAAUCACCAUCAGAGACAUUGGUUAUUAGACGUGGAUAUUUCAUACUUAAUUAUCUUAAUUAUCUGGCAUCUAAAACAAUUCAUCAGAAUCUGUCUGUGCUAUUGAUAAAAAUGUGUACAUGCGAAAUUCCUGUUUUAUUUUCCAUCGUACAGACAAACUUCACCAAAUUUAGUUACUUCCGUGGCAAUUGUAACACACUAUUGACGAGAGAAAUACAUGCAACUAGAGAAAGCUGAAUAUGUGAUGCUUUUUUGCGACUACAGGACAUUGCUAAGUCCCAGUUUCUACGUGAAGUAAAGCAAGAUAUGUGAUAAAAUGCGAACACGAGAUAUCUCACAAACAACACUGUGUGUACUAAUAUUAAUUAUACGAAUAAAAAAUGGUGUUUUAAAUGGAUUCGGUAUAAGUUACACUAUUUCUAAAGUAUGAAUAUAUUUAUUAAUAUAUUUCUUUUUGGACGUUCUUUUUAUCUACUAGUAUCUAUACUCUAGGGCAGUAAUAAAAUAUUUACACUCGGUUGAGCGAUGUAAUGAAUAGAAACAGAAUUGAGUCGUUUUUGAAAUUCAAGAUUAUUGAUAUGUAAGCAGGGAAAGAGGUACGAACAUUUUACGUAUGAUAGUUAGUAUUUUCAUGGUAUUCAGCUAUAACAGUUCCUUUAAACAAUGUUGAAUCGAAAAUUCUAUAAUCACGGAAUACCUAUUUGAUGUUGUAUUGUCUUUGUGCCGCUGUAGUAUCAUUCAAAGCAUGAGUACUAAUAAUAUGAUGUGUCUUCGAUUUCAUUAUUUCAUAACCCAUAGUACACGACAACAUUAUGCUGAUAUGUAGAUGCCCGACAAGUUAAUUCACCAUACAUUUUGCGCUGUUAGUGGAAGUGAAAAAAACAGUUGCAAUCAUACCAAUAAAUAACCAUCCCUAACUGUUAGAAAUGUUUAUAUAAAUUCAGGAAUGUUGACUGCUAAAAGCGCUAGAUAACAAAAGCCACAAGGAAAGUUAGUUAAAAUAAAGACGUAAAAAGAGAUUAAUAAUUAUAAUAUACUAUGUAUUUCUUACAUCAGAAACACGUCUGAGGAAUAAAUAUAUUUUAGAUAUAAUAUUCAAGUUGUCUUCAUUGGUAUGUUGGUCCGAACGAAGAAUAUAGCGAACACAUCAUGCAACAAUAGUAAGAUGGUAAGAUUUGAGGUGUCUUCAUAUCGUUGUGUUCGUCUCCACCCACAUUAGAAUAAUAAAAUGAAUUUUAGAAUACUGAAGAAAAAAAAAUAUCAAAAUUCAUUUGCUCUGCAAUGAAAAGAUUGUCCAAUUUCAGUUCAUUUCUUCAAUUGGAAUUAUAGCAUAUUAGGCUGGGUUCUUUUACUCGGAUUUUUGAAAUUCGAUCUGGCGGCUAGAUAUACUUCGCACGACCGAAAAACAUGCGUGACAACAUAGGUCACAAACGCAAACAUUGCACUAUGGUCCAGGAGGUGCAUUUAAGUGGAAAUUAGCAUCUAGAGCUCGACAGUGAUUCUCUAGACAAAAACUGUCUUCGACAAAGUUGUUACAAGUAAUAGAGCGCUCAUUUUUAUGUUAUCAAAAAUAGGGUGACCAAAAUUGUCGAUGAAAUGAAAAAUCUAACUUUCUUAUCUUUAUAGAUAGAGGUAAACAUAGUUCGACAAUAUUGUAGCCCUGGUUAUUUUAAGUAACUUUGUGGAACAAUAUUUCUUUCUAUCUCUUCAAAUAACCGAUAUUAAAAUUAAAAUAAAACAAUAUCAGAAGAGACGUCGUAUAGAAUUGAUCGAUUAAAGAUAGACAUUAGGAGGCUGCCAAUGAUGAAAGUAUAUGUUCGUAUCGGAUCUUCAACAUUCGGAUCUGAACCAUUCGAGGAGACAGAAAAGAGGGCUUUAGGGUAUUGCCAUGAAUGACUGUGACUGCUGCAUACGAAUAUCAAAACAAGGCAACAAAUUAAACCCGAUCUGCAUUAUUUAUUGUAUAUAUCGGUAUAACCCUCGAUCGGUGCUCACUCUCACUCUCGAAAUGCUCCAUCAUCAUCAAAGUCCUCGUGGACAACAAGAGGUGGGGCAUUUACUAUCCACAUUUGCUCACGAUGGCGGAGGGCAGCUGGAAAUUGUGCUCUAUAUGCCUCCGUGGUAUAAAGAUAGAGCUAAAUAAAUCUGGAUAAUAGGGUUUCGCAUGGAAUAUUAGCUCCAACAAUUAUAUUUAUUUGACGUAGGACUACGUCUAACAGGACUACAGUAAACAUUCGCUAACUGGGGGAAAAGGGAAGACCAGUUAUCAACAUUCGCGUUUUAACUGGUCCGGCAUGUAAAACGUCAAAUAAAAUCGAGGGGAACUUCAAUGAAUUGUUUGAUUCGCGUUGAUCAUGAAAUUGGAUAAACAAAAGUUUUCCAAUUGAAGUUUCGCAUUGAGUGCGACAACAGGUAUGAAAUAUAAUUUGAGAAAAUUAUUUUUCUGUAAUUUAAUCAAUGUUUUUGUCAUGCGAAAAUAAUGUCAGUUUUCAUAACAUCUCAAAUUACAUUCGAAUGCUCUUCAUAGCAAAUCUUGUAUUUGGAUAUGGCGUCGAUUGUUUACGAAAUUCUGCUUUCUAACUGGCCCAAGGUCCAGUUAACGUUCGCCCAGUUAAAAAGCAGACCAGUUAAACUAGGAUCAGUUAGGGAACGAUUACUGUGUAUGGGGAGUAAUACGAAAAUAUAGACACUGAACAUGCAGGAAAAAUGAAAGAUCUCGAAUGCUUAUAACUCGAGCAUUUCUUAAUAGAUCGUAAAGAUGUUUGCUCAAUAGAUAGGAAAUAUGUUUAGCCAUCUAUCAUAAUCAACAACAUUUUAUUUUCCUUGAGAUAAACAAUUGGAUAAUUUUGAAAUUUCCAAUGUCAAGUUUUGAUUGAUUCAAUUUGUGCUCCUUAAAUUGUACCGAAAGGAGCGAACAGAGUAACAGCGGAAUAUAAUUUGAAUGCUAGCGAAACAUUGCAUCGUAAGCCCCUCCACUUAUGAUUCAACCGCCAGUCAAAUCGUAUAAAAUUCGCAGUUGCUUUCCGAAAAGAUAAUUCAUUUUCUAACCGCGAAGCAGAGCUCAUACGCUAAGGCCAACGUUCCGGCAUAACCGCGAAUCUCAUCAUCUGCAGCGGGUAGCAGUAGCAGCGACCAACGAGUUUUAAUUUUCCAUCCAACGGACGUCAUCCAUCGCUUUCGUGUAAUCGGUCCAGAACUGAAGUGAUGAUAUUGAUGCAAAAUAGCUUGUGGCUGCAUUCAGUCUGUCUAGAAGAGUGCAUUGGUUAAAUAAGAACGCAAAUUUCGACAUCGGGAGAACAAGAAUGCGUCCAUUGGCGCUUCCCCAAGCCAGAUAAUCACCAUCAGAGACAUUGGUUAUUAGACGUGGAUAUUUCAUACUUAAUUAUCUUAAUUAUCUGGCAUCUAAAACAAUUCAUCAGAAUCUGUCUGUGCUAUUGAUAAAAAUGUGUACAUGCGAAAUUCCUGUUUUAUUUUCCAUCGUACAGACAAACUUCACCAAAUUUAGUUACUUCCGUGGCAAUUGUAACACACUAUUGACGAGAGAAAUACAUGCAACUAGAGAAAGCUGAAUAUGUGAUGCUUUUUUGCGACUACAGGACAUUGCUAAGUCCCAGUUUCUACGUGAAGUAAAGCAAGAUAUGUGAUAAAAUGCGAACACGAGAUAUCUCACAAACAACACUGUGUGUACUAAUAUUAAUUAUACGAAUAAAAAAUGGUGUUUUAAAUGGAUUCGGUAUAAGUUACACUAUUUCUAAAGUAUGAAUAUAUUUAUUAAUAUAUUUCUUUUUGGACGUUCUUUUUAUCUACUAGUAUCUAUACUCUAGGGCAGUAAUAAAAUAUUUACACUCGGUUGAGCGAUGUAAUGAAUAGAAACAGAAUUGAGUCGUUUUUGAAAUUCAAGAUUAUUGAUAUGUAAGCAGGGAAAGAGGUACGAACAUUUUACGUAUGAUAGUUAGUAUUUUCAUGGUAUUCAGCUAUAACAGUUCCUUUAAACAAUGUUGAAUCGAAAAUUCUAUAAUCACGGAAUACCUAUUUGAUGUUGUAUUGUCUUUGUGCCGCUGUAGUAUCAUUCAAAGCAUGAGUACUAAUAAUAUGAUGUGUCUUCGAUUUCAUUAUUUCAUAACCCAUAGUACACGACAACAUUAUGCUGAUAUGUAGAUGCCCGACAAGUUAAUUCACCAUACAUUUUGCGCUGUUAGUGGAAGUGAAAAAAACAGUUGCAAUCAUACCAAUAAAUAACCAUCCCUAACUGUUAGAAAUGUUUAUAUAAAUUCAGGAAUGUUGACUGCUAAAAGCGCUAGAUAACAAAAGCCACAAGGAAAGUUAGUUAAAAUAAAGACGUAAAAAGAGAUUAAUAAUUAUAAUAUACUAUGUAUUUCUUACAUCAGAAACACGUCUGAGGAAUAAAUAUAUUUUAGAUAUAAUA